GAGACCUCAAAGAUAACGCCAGUCAAUUCCUUCGUUUUACAAGUAGGGAAACAGAAACUCAGAAGAGAGGAAGGGCCUAGCCCAAGAUCACCCAGAAAAUUGGCCGGAGGCAGAAUCUGAACGCAGCGCUCGACUUCUGCUCCAGGGCAAGACCUCGAGACCACUUGCAGGGUGACCCCGCCCCCAACCUCCGGCUCCAGCCCAUCCCCCUCGCCUCUCUGUCAGCCAGGGGUUCCCGCCGCCUCCAGCCCCCACAUCCCCAGAGAUGACCGCCAGCAAGCGCGCUGCGAAGGAGUUGGAGGCCAUGCAGGAAAACCUACCAAGUUACCUUCGGGACCUGUGCAGUGAAAAUUCCAAUGUGCUUAUAUGGAAUGCGGUGCUCCUCCCGGUGAGUCCCAGACGUGGCACUUUCCAGGACCAAGAGCCCUAUAACCUUAGGGCUUUCAAGUUCAGAAUCACCUUUCCACAUAACUACCCUUUCAGCCCUCCCCAGCUGAAUUUCAUAACCAAGAUAUAUCACCCCAAUGUGUCUGAGAAUGGAGAGGUGUGCCUGCCCAUCCUCAAUAGGAACUGGACUGCUUGUACCAAAAUCUACCAAGUGCUGGAGGCGCUCGCGUUACAGUUGAACAUACCUAACCAAGAUCUACCACUCCGGGCAGAGCUUGCUGACAUGUACGUUCAGAACCCAGCACAGUUCAUGAAGAAUGCCAAGGAAUUCACUCUCCAGUUUGGGGAAGAUCGGUUUACUAGCCAGUGAUCCCGGCUGUCUCCUCGCCUUUUCUCUACUUGACUUUUCCACAAAGAACCACUUGUCUGAUGAAUGGACAUGUCCUCCUGGGUAGGGAUGGGUCCCUUGAUUCUAGUUUCAAGGUCUGGGCCAGCUUAGAAAAAUGGCCUACGGGGACCAGAAAGAAGAUCUUAAAGGGCAGGCCUGGGUAUAAUGGGAAUGGGGAUAUAUGUGUAGAUGGUAUAUGGGGAAAAGUUUAAAACACUAAGCUGAAUUCAGUUACUCUGCUGUUAGAGAAGGCACAUUUUGGAUGCUUCAUUUUCUCCUUUUUUUUUUUUUUUUAACCAUUGGGCUAAUCAAUUCUAUAGCUCCAGAAGAUUGGCUGAUAGUUGAGUUUUACAGUACCACUGCUGCCAUCUUGCCUCAGCUCAUCCCCCAUCUGUAGAGAGGAUUCUUCCUAUCUCUCUCUUCUUCAUCUCUUAAAGUUCUUCCCUUCCUUUAAGGCCCAGCGCAGAUGCUCUCCAGGAAGCCUGCCCUGACUCCUCAGGUGAAGUGAGCUCUCCUUCCUCCCAUUUCUGACAAUGUUUUGUCCAGAUCUCUGUUCGACUGUCUGUCUGUCUCUCCCUUCUAUCACAGUGCUUGCUGAACUUGCCCCUUCUUCCUCCCCCGGCAGCAGGCUUCAAGAGAACCAGGUACUCCCAGGGUUACAUAUUUAGAGAUGAAAUCAACCUUAGAGGCCAUCUUCUUCAAGGCUAUCACUUUACAGAUACAGAAAUGAAGGCCCAGACAAUGUGAAGUGAGCUGCCCGCUGUCUCACAGGUAGGAAGGAAGUAGGAGGAACACCAUUAUCUUUGGCAGAUUUCUGGAAAGACAUGGGCAAGAAUCACAGUGGAUCAGAGGGUAGAUAUAGAGUGGUUGUGAACUCUGGUGGUGAAGGGAGAAGGCAGAAGGUUCAUGAAGCAUUAGUCCCACCCCAAACCCCACAUCAUAUGUAUCUUUGUAUCACCAGUCUUGCAACUUUCAGGUGAUUAAAAAACAUUUUUGGGGGAAUAAAUGACUUCUCUUUGUGUUACAAGCUCCCUGAGGGCAGGGAUGGAAACCUGACCUUCACCCUGCAAAGUCAGUCUGCUUUAAACUCCCAUGGUUCUAUGCUCCUUCUAGGUAUAAGGUCUGUAGAAGGAAGCAUUUUGAGCAGACAGGGACCCCAAAGGUAGAUCUACAGCUGAGGGAAUUAGGAUGACCAUCUAGGGAAGAGAAGGCUGAAGUUUGAAAUAUUUAUCUUCAAAAAUACUUAUAUUCCCACAUCACACCUAUCAGAUUGGCCAACAUGACAAAACAGGAAAAUGAUAAAUGUUGGAGAAGAUGUGGGAAAAUUGG